AUAUGAGAGAGUAUUAUUAAAUGCUUGAUCACUACCAAAACCCAUCGUAAAAGGGUCUGGCUUAGACAAACGAGAAUUCAAGUUACGUUGCUUCUUUUUGCCUUUUUUACGAAGAAUAAGAUAAGCAAUAAUGCCUGCUAUAAUGAUUACGAUUGCAGCGAUGAUGCCUCCAAUAGCACCACCUGAUAUACCAUCUUUUCCAUCUUUUGUAUUACUUGACGAAGAGUUGGUUGGAGUUUGUGUCUCGGUUGAUGUUGCAAAAGAAGAAGUAUUAGAUACUACUGCUACUAAAGGUGGUAUCGUUGCCUUGUUUGUGGUUGUGCUGGUUAUACUAGGGGUUGUUGAAGAAGAAUGGAUAGCAGAUAAAUUAGUGCUUGAAGUUAUUGCCCUGGCAGUUGUUGUUGUUGUUGUUGUUGUUGCUUUUACUGUUGACUUUUUCGUAGUUGUUGUAGCUGCUACCUUUUUCGUAGUCGUAAUAGGUGCAUUUGAAAAUUGACCUGUACUUUCCUCAUCUGCAGCUAUAAUAAUUGCAUUUGAUUAGUUUUAACUAUCCUAAUUAUGUUAUUUAACAUCAUUACUUGUUACUCUUUUAUUUAUAUUAAUCCACAUAAAUGGAUUUGCCUCUACUAAACCAAACACAGAAAGUGUAAUACAAGUAAG